UUGCAGGGGGUGGUUUUGCCAUGUUUCGCCAACUGGAUUUAUCUCCUCUAGCCACUUCGCUGCUCCAAUGAUCCAGAUGAUCUUCUGGAUUGGGAGCAGCUUGACCUCCAAAGGCAUCCCACAUAGGCUAGCCGGAUCUCCAGCCGAUGAUAGCCCAAGCGAGAUCUCGUCUUCCGAGCGCACGCCGCGUGAGACAAAAGGUGCGCGAGAGUGCAGCGUCCACGUGCCUCACGUGCGUCCGAGCUGAGAGGGUGGAGUUCGAGCGGAAAGGGUGUUCCUACACCACCAAAUCUUUCACCUGGUGACCCAUUUGGAUUCAGAAUGGAUCCAUUUGGUGCAUUCCUCUCCCCCAGCAAUGAGAAGAAUGACCCCCCUGGUGCCUGCGACCCUGCCUUUCUGGCUGAUCUUUCAAGCUUGGCGGUUAGCCCCUGGACACGUGGGGAGCAUGGUGCGCCAUGUCGACCAGGUGGAAUGCCGGAAGGAUGCCUCGGGCAAGUGGGUGAACCAGUACCACUUGUUGCAAGAGGUUGGCAGUGGAACCUUCUGCAAGGUGCGCCUGGCGGAGAGCGCUGCAGGGAUCCAUGCGGUGAAGCGCUUCCCGCGCAUGGUGAUGCAGCGGCGCAUGGUGGCGAAAUUUGAUGCCGAAGGCGCUUCAAUGGUGCCAUUCCAACAAUGCAUCGAGCAGGAGAUACAGAUCCUGGAGAGGAUACAUCACCCGCAGAUUGUGGAACUUCAAGAGGUCAUCAACGACCCCAAGGACGAUAACUUGUAUUUGAUCUUUGAGGGCUUGCCUGGAUGCCAACUAAUGGAUUGGAGUGAAAGGAGCUGCACGUAUUCGGCCAGACCAUCAGUGAACUUGUUUGGGAGUGCUGUCGUUGACAGCCGGCGGGACACUGUUGGCGCUGCGAGCACUCUGGUCUUUCGGGAGGUGCUGGCGAAGCACUUUGCGCAGCAGCUGGCGGAGGGCAUUUGCUACAUGCACUCACUAGGUGUGAUCCACAAAGACCUGAAACCCGAUAACUUGGUCCUCUCCAAGCAGGUCCCCGAUGAUCCAGCGCUCCUGUGCACCCUCGACGUGGCUGAGUGGCCGAAACUCACGGUGAUGGGCGACAAAGAGGAGGGGUCGAAGGUGAACUGUGAAGAUCUUGUGGUGAAAAUCGCCGACUUCAAUUGUGCAGAAGAAUGUCAAGAACCCGACUUCCUGAUCUAUGACGCACAAGGCACCCAAAGCUUUACGCCGCCCGAGUGCUUCAAGAAGGACGAGGAGGGCGUGAACAUCAAGGGCAAGCCCCGGGACAUGUGGUCCUUAGGUUGCGUCUUGUUCGUUCUGGUCUAUGGUCGCUGCCCCUUCUCGGCGGAAAGCAACCUUCUCCUGCAGCUGGACAUCAUGCAGUGCGAGCUCGUGAUGCCCGAGGGCGGGCCAUGGCUGUCUGCUGAAUACUUGCAGCUGCUUCGCUCGCUGCUGAGUGCCGAGGCCGACGCGCGGCCCAGCGCGCAAGCGAUCCUGCAGAGUGGCUGGUUGGUGGAAGGCACCCAGUGAGGGCCUGCCGCGGAGCGCUGCCUGAUGUGCGGAGUGGGGGGUCACUCUUGGCUCGGGGGUCUGAUAGCCUCACCUGCA